AUGGCGGACCAGAAUGAUGUCGAUCUCGAUUCUAUCAUCGAUAGACUGUUGGAGGUGAGGGGAAGCAGGCCUGGCAAGCAGGUCCAACUGCUUGAGACGGAAAUUCGUUACCUUUGCACCAAGGCACGAGAGAUUUUCAUCUCGCAGCCCAUACUAUUAGAGCUAGAAGCACCUAUCAAGAUUUGCGGUGAUAUCCAUGGCCAAUAUUACGAUCUCCUCCGGCUGUUCGAAUACGGCGGCUUCCCUCCCGAAGCAAACUAUCUCUUCCUUGGCGACUACGUCGAUAGAGGAAAGCAAUCCCUUGAGACCAUCUGUUUACUAUUGGCAUACAAGAUCAAAUACCCAGAGAACUUCUUCAUCCUUCGCGGCAACCACGAAUGCGCCUCCAUUAAUCGUAUCUAUGGCUUUUACGAUGAGUGCAAGCGGAGAUACAAUAUUAAACUAUGGAAGACAUUUACCGAUUGCUUCAAUUGUUUGCCCAUUGCGGCCAUUAUAGACGAGAAGAUUUUCACCAUGCACGGCGGCUUGAGUCCAGACUUGAACUCUAUGGAGCAGAUUCGCCGCGUCAUGCGCCCUACUGAUAUCCCCGACUGCGGCCUUCUCUGCGAUCUGCUAUGGUCCGACCCGGACAAGGACAUUACUGGAUGGAGCGAGAACGAUCGAGGUGUCUCAUUCACCUUUGGCCCCGACGUCGUGUCUCGAUUCUUGCAAAAACACGACAUGGAUUUGAUUUGCCGAGCUCAUCAGGUCGUUGAGGACGGAUACGAAUUCUUCUCCAAGAGACAGCUCGUCACACUGUUUAGCGCACCAAACUAUUGUGGCGAAUUCGACAAUGCCGGCGCGAUGAUGAGCGUGGACGAGAGCUUGCUGUGUUCCUUCCAGAUUCUGAAACCCGCAGAAAAGAAACAAAAGUACGUCUACGGUGGCCUAGGUUCUGGCAGACCCGUUACUCCUCCAAGGAAGCAAAAGAAGUAA